GGGCAGCAUGGGAAAUGUAGUCCACAAAUCUUAACUGAGAUUGAAAGAUAAGGACUCCAGUUAAAUGGUUGCGUGAGAGCAUCUGAGAGACCAUUCAUAUUAAACUUUUAUUAGUCUACUACAGAAAAAAAUCUUUAAAUAAAGGCCCCAUUAACUGACGAAUCAUCUUUGCUAGAAGCGCCGUUGCUUAGAAACACAGACACAAUGCUUCACGUAAACAAGCUCGUGCAGCCUCACUGUAGUUUUUAACAAAAGGCAAAACAGACAAGACAACAAAAAUAGUGUUACAGUCACUGAGGAAUGGAAACGACACACUCUGACAAACAUGCAAGCAAUGCAGUGGAUGCCUAUUUAGAAUACAGAAGGAUUGUAGGGGAAGAUGAUGGAGGUAGGCUGUUUUCAGAGGAUGAAUACAUAAAAUACAAGGAGACAGUGGUGCCAGGAAGAAUUCAGAACCGACUUUAUGUCAGUUUUGGCGUCCCUGGACAGAUAGACUGCAAACUCAUUGGACCAGAGACACCUUGCUUUUGUACACACAGGUAUAAACAGCACUGCACAGACUUUGAGGAAUUGCAGAAGGAAAGGCCUAUACUCUUGCCUUGUAGGGUUAGAGGUUGUCAGUGCGUAUCCUAUCAAUACAUUCAUAUCAACGGCUCUAAGCCUGUGCGCUGCCAAUGCAAGCACACAACCAGUGAGCACAGUGAAGCUAAAGAGCACCGAUGCAAGAAAUGCACUCACUGCACUGGCUAUCGAAGUCCAUUCACCUGUGGAUGUGGUCAACCUGGAUAUGCCCAUGUGACGCUGGUUGAAACCAGGGAAGAGCGCAUGGCACGGGGUUGUCCAGUGGGCACAGAUGUUCCUUAUGCAGCCAUGGGAGGCCUGACUGGGUUCAGCUCGCUGGCAGACGGCUACCUAAGACUGGAUCCCAGUGGCAUAGGACCUCUGUCAUCUAAUACCCUGAAAUCUGACCAGGACCUAGCUCACGUGUUUGAGAGAGCAAAUACACCACUCACCGAGACUACAACACAUAAAGAGGAAAGAGGCAAAACAGAAAAUGUAACCAAGGAGAUGAAAACAAAGAAUCCAAUCUUCUAGCAAUUUAAUGUUCAUUAAAGUUUAAGUGAAUGCUGUAUAUUACUCUUGGUAGUUCUAAUAGUGCUAUACAUUAGAUGUUAAUUCCGCAGUGCUCACAUGCUUACUUUAAAUUGCCAGUCUUUUAAAAAUCAAAUGUCGCAGGGGCUUGGGUAGCUCGAAUACUGAUGCUGACUACCACCCCUGGAGUCACGAGUUCGAAUCCAGGGCAUGCUGAGUGACUCCAGCCAGGUUUCCUAAGCAACCAAAUUGGCCCGGUUGCUAGGGAGGAUACAGUCACAUGGGGUAACCUCCUCGUGGUCGCUAUAAUGUGUGGUUCUCGCUUUCAGUGGGGCACGUGGUGAGUUGUGCGUGGAUGCUGCGGAGCAUAGCAUGAGCCUCCACACGUGCUACGUGUCUGCGGUAACGCACUCAACGAGCCACGUGAUAACGCAGAGGCAACUGAGAUUCAUCCUCCGCCACCUGGAUUGAGGCGAGUCACUAUGCCACCACGAAGACUUAGAGCGUAUUGGGAAUUGGGCGUUCCAAAUUGGGGAGAAAAGGGGAGAGAAAAAAAAAAUUCAAAUGUUGCUUAUAAAACAAUAGCUCUAGUUUAUUUACUUAUUAAAACUAUGCUAUUAUGUAUUUAAGUUGUUGACAGUUCCCUUUUUUUUCUUUUUUUUCAGAUUUUAGGUUAAAAUGUAUGGUUAAAAUGUAUAUGAAUGUGUAAGGGAUGUGUAUAUUUUACAUACUCUGUGAAAAUGUGGAAUCACCUUUGAGCUUUUUUGCAGUUCACUUAAAUGGUCCUGCAAGGUAACAAUGCAUUUUGUCAAGUUUAAAUAUUCUAUAUAGUCCUCCAAUUAAAGAGAUAGUUCACCCAAAAAUUAUAAUUCUCUUAUCAUUUACUUAACCUCAUGCCGUCUCAAACUCGUAAGACUUUCUUUCUUCUGCGGAACACAAACAAAGAUAUUUUGCAGGAUGUA